UGUUUGGAAUUUACUCGUAUUUCUUAAUUAUUUUUAAAUGAAAUAAUUAUUCGUUUUGCAUAAUUAUGCUUCGUAGCUCUUAAUUGUAUCUGCUAGUCAAUAUCCAAAUUUAUUGCUUAAUGGGUUAUCGUAUGUGCGGCUCAAAAUGUCUCUUUACGUGUUUGGGACUAACUUGUAUCGUAGGUUGUUAUUUAGCCUUACUUCCUAUAGAAAACGAGAAGCUGAUAACACCUAAACCAGUUCAAAAACAUAUCUCAAAAUCGUCUCAAAAGGAGCGAUUAGCAGUAAUAGUACCAUUUAGAGAUCGAUUUGAAGAGCUUCUAGAGUUCGUCCCGCAUAUGCACGACUUUUUAAACAGGCAAGGGAUCCCGUUCCACAUAUUUGUGAUCCAACAGAAGGAUAACAACCGUUUCAACCGAGCUUCCUUGAUCAAUGUGGGCUUUUUACAUACGAGGAAAGACUUUGACUAUAUAGCGAUGCAUGACGUGGAUUUAUUACCCAUGAAUGAUGAUUUGAAGUAUACAUAUCCAGCUGCGAAUCCUGUUCACAUAUCGUCACCACAGACGCAUCCUAACUAUCACUAUGCAACAUUCAUCGGAGGGAUCCUGCUGAUCACGCGGGAUCAUUUCGAGUUGGUGCGGGGCAUGUCCAACAACUACUGGGGCUGGGGACUGGAGGAUGAUGAGUUCUACUUGCGGCUGAAGGAUGCCGGCCUGCACGUGGAGCGCCCGGCGGGGAUCACCACUGGGACUGAAGAUACAUUUAAACACAUCCACGACAAGUCGUACCGUCGCCGCGACCACCGCAAGUGCUACAACCAGCGCGACGCGACCCGCCGCCGCGACCGUGACACCGGGCUGCACGACGUCACGUACCGCGUGUACAGCGAACACGCCGUGACGGUCGACGGGUUGGGAGCCACGGUCGUGACCGUGGCGCUGGUCUGUGACGAGAAGAGGACGCCGUGGUGCCAGUGUCCUACUACUGUUGUUAAGAAGCCAGAGGCUAAGGCUAAGAGUUAA